AUGGAUCAAGAUAACAAGUUUGAAGAUGAAAAGGAUAUGAUCCAUGAAGUGGUGAUAAUUGGAGCAGGGAUUGCAGGACUUGCAGCUGCCUUAGCACUAAAGAGAGUGGGAAUCAAGAGCCUAGUUUUAGAGAGAUCCAGUGAACUUAGAGCUUUUGGCACUGCCCUUCAUAUCUUUCAAAAUGGAUGGAGAGCACUUGAAGUUCUUGGAGUUGCUGAUAAGCUUGACAAAACCUACAAUGAUUUCUUAACAAAUAUGGCAAGUGUUUCAAAUACAGAGACUGGGAGUAGACAGUAUGUUUCUUCUUCUGGUGCAGGAGCAGAUAGUUCGGUGACGUUGAGGAUAAGACCUAUACAUAGGAAGUUAUUGUUGGAGACUCUUGCUGAAGAAUUGCCACCAGAAAGCAUUAAAUUUCUUUGCAAGCUCUUGAAGAUAAGAUCUGAAGUUUUGGAAGACUCUUCCACUAUUUAUGUUCUUUAUUUAGAGGAUGGUUCUGUUAUUAAAGCGAAGGUAGUGAUUGGUUGUGAAGGUGUGAAUUCAGUGGUGGCACAGUGGUUGGGACUCAAACCACCAAUUAGUUCAGGGAGGUCAGCUGUCCGUGGAGUAGGCCUAUAUCCACAAGGACAUGACUUUAAGAAGGAACACCAGCAAUUUGUUGGAAAUGGAAUGAAGGCUGGCUUUAUUCCUAUUAGCAACACUGAAAUCUAUUGGUAUCUCAACAAAGCCUCCACCUCACAAGACCAAGAGAUGGCAAGAGUUCCAGAGAUGAUAAAAAGUGAAGUAAUGGAGACAACCAAAGAGUUCCCACUAGAGUACAAGCAAGUAGUCAGCCACACUGAUCUAUCCACACUAACCAUAGCACCAUUGUUGUUCAGAGUUCCAUGGGACAUUGUCUUCGGGCCGAGCCACCGUGACUGUGUCACGGUCACCGGCGAUGCCUUCCAUCCAAUGACACCGGACAUCGCGCAAGGUGGCUGUUGUGCACUAGAGGAUGCAGUUGUUCUUGCUAGAAAUAUCGCAAACACGCGACACAAUGUGAGUCAUGGCAUCGAGAUGUAUGUGAAGGAACGGCGGUGGCGCGCGGCGAGGUUGGUUGCUGGUUCGUAUAUUGCCGGCAUGCUUGGACAUUGCAAAGCUAGUGGAAUGCUUGGUUCGGUGUUGGAGAGUUUCAGGAACUCUGUGUUCAAUUGGAUUUUGCAUUCCAAGUAUGGUAGCCUCAACUAUGACUGUGGGGCCUUGCCUGUUGCUGCUAAUAGCAACCUUGAAGCAAAGUUCUAGUCUGAACCUAGUUAAUUAGGAAAUACAUGAUUAAUAACUGUUCUAAGAAUAAGGUUUAAAACCAUGGUGUUAAUUU